UCUGUCAAACAUACCACCCUCUUCACAACUGGGCUGUCCCAGUAGAAAGUCCCAGUCAUGGACUCAUCCAUUGUUGCAUUACUCCUAGGUGCUCUACUAUGUUUAACCACCACUACCACCAUAGCUUUUGAUCCAUGUGCUUCUUCAAAAGCUAAAUCUGAUAACUCAGACCUCUCAGUCAUUCACAUCUAUAGUAAAUGCUCACCCUUCUCUUCCCUAAACCCUGCUUCAUCAUCAUGGGUCAACACAGUCCUCAACAUGGCCUCCAAAGACUCAGAAAGGCUCACCUACUUGUCCAGCCUUGUGGCCCAAAAGCCCACCAAGGUCCCGAUAGCCUCGGGCCAACAAGCCCUUAACAUUGGAAACUAUGUGGUUCGGGCCAAGCUCGGAACUCCCGGUCAACUCAUGUUCAUGGUCCUCGACACCAGCAAUGAUGCCGCGUGGGUCCCAUGCUCCGGGUGCACUGGUUGCUCGUCCACUAUGUUCGCCCCGGGCACUUCCUCGACUUACGGGUCAUCGGAUUGCUCCAUGCCCGAAUGCAACCAGGUCCACGGGCUCUCCUGCCCAGCCACAGGCUCAAGCCCGUGCCUCUUCAACCAGUCCUACGGUGGUGAUUCUUCGAUCUCCGCUCUUCUCUCUCACGAUUCCCUAAGCUUAGCCACGGAUGUGAUUCCGAAUUUCGCUUUCGGAUGCAUCAACACAGUCUCCGGCAAGUCCGUCCCACCCCAAGGCCUAUUGGGCCUGGGCCGUGGACCCAUGUCACUACUCUCCCAAUCGGAGUCACUCUACUCCGGUAUAUUCUCAUACUGUUUACCCAGUUUCAAAUCAUACUACUUUUCCGGAUCUCUAAAACUUGGCCCCACGGGUCAACCCACCAACAUAAAAACCACCCCACUUCUCCACAACCCGCACCGCCCAUCACUCUACUACGUUAACCUCAUCGGAGUCAACGUGGGCCGGGUUAGCGUCCCCAUAGCCCCAGAACUCCUAGCAUUCGACCCGAACACCGGGGCAGGCACAAUAAUCGAUUCAGGCACGGUUAUAACCCGAUUCGUUGAACCCGCCUACAAUGCGAUCCGAGACGAGUUCCGAAAACAGGUACAAGGCCCGUUUUCGUCGUUGGGGGCGUUCGACACGUGUUUUUCUGCCAGCAACGAAAACGUAGUUCCGGCGAUCACGUUUCGAUUCACGGGCAUGAAUUUGGUGUUGCCAAUGGAGAAUAGUUUGAUUCAUAGCAGUGCCGGAUCGUUGGCGUGCUUGGCAAUGGCGGCUGCGCCGAGCAAUGUGAACUCGGUGUUGAAUGUGAUUGCGAAUUUGCAGCAGCAGAACCUUAGGAUCCUAUUUGAUACUGUGAAUUCUCGAUUGGGGAUUGCUCGUGAGCUCUGUAACUAGUUUUUAGUGUGCUCUGUUUCUGUCUAUUAGCUCUCUGUUUGAAGGAGUGAUUGGUAGAUUUUAUCUCAUAAUGUUUGGUGGUCAUAUGAAUAAUAUGUGUAUUAUGGAAAUGAUAGUAGUGUACAAGAUGAAGUAUUUUGUAUAAUAGGUAUUCGAGGAUGGUGUAUUAAUUAAUUAAUUUGUUUGUUUAGAUAUGCAUGUGAA